AUUUAAUGUUUGUACCCCUCACAGCUUAAUUGAAACUAUUGCGCGGAGAGGAGGUGCAGGUGUUCAACGGCGCUAAUUAAAUCAAAACAAGCUCCCGCCCAUGUGGAAAGUGUACCGACGAGCUGCUUAACGGGAAAUCUCCAGUACGACGCAGUAGCUUGAAAUCAGCUAUUACCCAAAAUGAACAGCAGUGGACCAGCAUAUCCUCUUGCUUCUCUGUAUGUUGGAGACCUGCACCCUGAUGUCACAGAGGCAAUGCUUUACCAGAAGUUUUCUCCCGCUGGGCCAAUCAUGUCGAUCCGUGUGUGCCGGGACAUCAUCACCCGCAGAUCUCUGGGAUAUGCCUAUGUAAACUUCCAGCAACCUGCUGAUGCGGAGUGUGCCCUGGAUACGAUGAACUACGAUGUCAUCAAAGGUCGGCCAAUCAGAAUAAUGUGGUCUCAACGCGACCCAGGACUCAGGAAAUCUGGUGUGGGUAACAUCUUUAUCAAGAACAUGGAUGAGUCUAUUGACAACAAAGCACUGUAUGACACCUUCUCAGCCUUUGGAAAUAUUUUGUCCUGUAAGGUUGUUUGUGAUGAAAAAGGAUCCAAAGGCUAUGGAUUUGUUCAUUUUGAGACUCAAGAAGCUGCAAACCGGGCCAUUGAAACAAUGAAUGGGAUGCUACUGAAUGAUAGGAAAGUUCAAAAGGCGGGUAAACGGUUGGGAUAUGGCAUUGUCAGCUCAAAGGCCCGUUUCCUGGGAGAAAAGUGUCAGUUGUAUCUCCUUAGGUCAGUGAAUAGAUUUGUUGGCCACUUUAAGUCACGCAAGGAAAGAGAGGUGGAGUUUGGCAGUAAGGCUAUGAAGUUCACCAAUGUCUACAUCAAGAAUUUUGGUGAAGACUUCACUGAUGAGAAACUAAAGGAAGUUUUCUCUGCAUUUGGGAGAACUCUCAGUGUACGGGUCAUGAAGGAUGAGAAGGGUCGUUCAAGAGGAUUUGGAUUUGUAAACUAUGCUCAUCAUGAAGAUGCCCAGAAGGCUGUUAAUGAAAUGAAUGGAAAGGAGAUCAAUGGGAAAAUCCUCUAUGUAGGGCGGGCUCAGAAGCGUCUUGAGCGCCAGGGAGAGCUCAAACGCAAGUUUGAUCAAAUAAAACAGGACCGCAUCCAGCGCUAUCAGGGGGUGAAUCUGUAUGUGAAGAACUUGGACGACAGCAUCGACGAUGAGAGACUUCGGAAGGAGUUUGCUCCUUAUGGCACCAUCACCAGUGCAAAGGUGAUGACAGAUGGCUCCCAAAGCAAAGGCUUUGGUUUUGUCUGUUUCUCUUCCCCUGAGGAGGCAACAAAAGCAGUGACUGAAAUGAAUGGGAGAAUUGUUGCAACCAAGCCACUGUAUGUGGCUCUGGCUCAGCGGAGAGAGGAGCGUAAAGCAAUUCUAACAAAUAAGUACAUGCAAAGACUUGCUACCUUGAGAACCAUGGCCAGCCCGCUAAUCGACUCAUACCAUCAGUCUGGAUAUUAUGUCACAUUACCACAGCCUCCCACGCGCUCCUUUUACAACCACACUGCUGUCAGCAAUGUGAGACCAGUCCCUCGCUGGACAGGACAGCCACCAAGACCACAGGGCCCCUACACCACUCAGCUGGUUUCUGGCUCUGUCCCCCGACGUGGAUCGAGCCCCAUCGCUACAGUCAGACAGGCUUCCACCCAGGCGCCACGCAUCGUAACCUCAACACAAAAGACAAAUGACAUUGGAACCCAGACUGUAGGAGGGCGCACUGACAUUGCCAAUGUGGCCAGAAGCAGCCAGUACAAGUAUGCGUCAGCAGUGAGGAACCCUCAGCAGGUUGUUACUGUGCCUGCACCCAUGCCUAGACUACAGGUUGUUGCUGCACCGGUGAUGGAGCCACCAGUACACAUUCAAGGCCCAGAGCUGCUUACCGCCUCAGUGCUGGCUGCAGCCCCACCAAUGGAUCAGAAACAGCUCCUUGGGGAGCGACUGUACCCACUGAUUCACACUCUGCAUCCAAACCUGGCUGGUAAAAUCACUGGGAUGUUGCUGGAGAUCGACAACUCUGAGCUGCUGCAUAUGCUGGAGUCGCCCGAGUCCCUGCACGCUAAGGUGGAUGAGGCGAUUGCAGUCUUGCAGGCUCACCAGGCGAAGGAACAUUCUCCUAAGCAGUGAAGAGGCCUUAAAGAUAUCAACAAUUCUCUGGAGGAGGGGAAAUUAUAAAAUGAGCACACUUUGGGGGGAAAAGGGAAAGAAAAAGUUCUAUGAAGAUUAAACCAAUGAUGUAAAGAGACAGAAGAUGAAGCUGUUUUGUUGUUGCAAUACUUUUGUUAGAUGAUAAAGUUUCCAAUAUAUGCAUUAAA